GCGGCACAUUCAAAAUGGAUCAGGGGCCACAGGCGCACCAUGAACAUAGGCCAACGUGGCAUGACCUCAUUGGACUACUGAUGAACUUCUCGUCAACGACGUCCCGAACACGGGGAUGCCCACGUCACAACCGCCAAGAACAGCCGGUCUUAGGGGAUUUCUUCUUGUAAUCCAAUUCAGACAGGUUUCUUCUGAGCUUCCGAGAUUCGUUCAUCCCGUCCAAUAAAACCCUGAAAAGACCUGUUCUUUUGUUUGUUGUGUCCUAGGUUUCUUCAAUCAUAAACCCUAGUUUCGUUUCCAUAGAAAUCUCAUCAGACCCUCAAAAGACCUGUUCUUUUGUUUGUUGUUUCCUAGUUUUCUUCAAUCAUAAACCCUAGUUUCGUUUCCAGAGAAAUCUUUUUUUGGGCAUAUAUAGAUAUGGACGACGUGAAAGACAAGGUCAAGGGAUUCAUGAAAAAAGUCAAUAAUCCUUUCUCAUCCUCAUCUUCUGGUAAAUUCAAGGGCCAAGGAAGAGUCUUAGGAUCGUCGUCUUCCGGACCCGCUAACCCUAUCUUUGCUCGCCCUUCUUCGGAGAUUCCCAAUCCAAAGCAGAAUCCAUCUUCGCAGAUUCCCAAUCCAAAGCAGAAUCCAUCUUCGGCUGAUUCAGCGAGAUCGAAUUCGAAGCCUUUGUCUCAAAACACACCUAAUUCCGACCAGAAUAGGUCGGAUUCAUCGAAGAAUUCGGCCCCGAAUCGCAACCCGAGUAAUGGGUUUGAUCCAUUUGACUCGAUGAUUACUUCUGGGAAGAGAUCACAAAAUGGGUACUCAUUAAAUGUGUAUGAAUGUCCCAUCUGUGGGCAGUCUUAUAGGUCUGAAGAAGAGGUGACUAUACAUGUGGAUAGUUGUGUCAACAACUCGGUUGAAAACAAUGGUGGUUCGGAGUUGGCCGACAGUGGGGUGGAGUCUAAGAGUGAAUUGGAGAGUUGCAUUGGUGCUUUUGUUUCGGGGAAUCCCCUGGAGGGAUCAGUGGAGGUUGUUCUUAAGCUGUUGAGGAAUAUAGUGAGGGAACCGGAGAAUGCGAAGUUUAGGAGGAUUAGGAUGAGUAAUCCGAAGAUUAGGGAGUCCAUCGGUGAGGUUGCCGGGGGGAUUGAGUUGUUGGAGUGUGUAGGUUUUGGAUUGAAGGAGGAGGAUGGAGAGAUGUGGGCGGUCAUGGAGGUUCCUAAGGAGGACCAGAUUAGGUUAAUUAAUAGUGCAGUAGCGUUACUGGAACCACAAAGGGUAGAGGAACCACAAAAGAAAGAAAAUUCUCCAUCUGCAACUUCAGCUCAUGUGGAAGAACGGUUUGAGCCAAAAAAGGUCGACAGAGAGGUCCGAGUAUUCUUUUCUGUACCUGAAAGCGUAGCAGCAAAAAUUGUGUUACCAGCUUCUUUCUAUAAUCUCUCACUUGAAGAGGUCAAAAGAGAAGCUGAUUUGAGGAAGAAAAAGAUUGCAGAAUCUCAACUUUUGGUACCAAAAUCAUACAAGGAAAAGCAGGCGAAAGCUGCUAGGAGGCGAUACAGAAAAACUAUUAUCCGGAUCCAGUUUCCUGAUGGAGUGGUGCUCCAAGGCAUCUUUUCACCUUGGGAGCCAACUAGCUCUCUCUACGAGUUUGUCAGAUCAGCACUAAAAGAACCCAGCUUGGAGUUUGAGCUAUUACAUCCUGUAGUCGUCAAACGAAGGGUGAUUCCUCAUUUUCCAGCUACAGGGCAGACUGCUGCAACAUUAGAUGAUGAGGACUUGGUGCCCUCAGCACUUGUCAAGUUCAAACCAAUUGAAACAGAUUCUGUUGUUUUCACAGGCCUCAGCAAUGACCUGCUUGAAAUUAUUGAACCACUUGUAAUUGAUUCAGCAGUUGCUGCAAAAUAAGCUUCAAUGUACCUGGUAUAUUCUCUUGGUGGGCAUAAUAAUUUAAAGUCACUCCUGGGGUUUAAAGCUGGUCGUAUCCUCAGUUUCCCUCUCAUGUUCUACUAUUCAGCCAAAGUGUACUCCCCCAGAUGCCAUUUCCUGUGCAUGCAAAAAAUGAUCCCAUAUUUCAUCGAGUGUUUAUUUCUGUUCUUGAAAUGUCCUUAACCAGAGCCCUUGAAUGCAUUUGUUAUCUAACGAGGGUUUUACCAUAAAAUUUAAUUUGUACAGUAAAGUGAAUUGAAGGUCUGAUCAGAUCGUUUUGAACUUAUCAAGAACAUUGUGAUUGUUUCUUUUCAUUAGUAUAAAUUAUGAGAAAUGUUUGUUUU